GAUGAAUAUGGACUUUAGUCUUCAUUAACAACGAUCGAUCUAAAGGAUGAACCAGUGGAUUGAGGAUCUCAAGGUAGGAGUGGUUUGCCUUCAGAAUCAGUUUUCAGUAAUCAGAAGAAAAGGUGCGCUCGAAGAUAACCGUUUUGUGGCUUAAAGCUUUUAUCGUAUCAGAGAUAUUGCGUAGCUUUUGUAUAUGUAUAUUUUUGUUAAUCUGUAAAAGAAGACAUUAUUAUAUUCAUAUCACUCGAGAGAUCUUCAUUUAUAUAGUACCAGAGAGUAUGGGUUUGACUUUGGGAUUAGCUCAUGUAAUUAUGAUUAUUAGAAUUGGUAAUCUUGGUUUGAUGCUUCAUUUGGCAAUUAGGUUAUAAUCUUAUUAGCUAAGCAGGUUUAGUAUUCGGGUCGUCACAAAUUGGUAUCAAAGCUCACUAUUAGAUCUUACAUGGGCAAGAAUAGAUAAUAGUUAGUGACAAUUUAUGAAUUAGAAUAGUUUAGAACUGGAAUGGGCUGUGAGAUAAUCCUUAAUCACUAAAAGAUAGCAGUAACUAAAAGAUUUGUUUGAAUUGAUUUGUUUGUUUAUUUGACUAUGUGUACAUUUUAUGAAGUAAAAUUGUAGGGUAAACCAAUUACUUUAUGUGAGAUUAGAAAAUAAUAAGUCUAAAAUUAUGAAUACAUAGGAAAACCAAUACUAAAAGAAUAGUGCGAUUAGUAUAUUUGAUAGACCCUGAAUAUCAUAUAUAAACUUUAUUACAGAGUAGUUGGUAAUAUACUUUGAACCAGUAAUUUAUUGAAAUAGAAAUUAGUGUAGAGAACUUAAGUCUAAAAUUUACAGCUUCCAUUAUAGAAGUUCAUGUAAGAAACUUAGAUUUCCCUCUUGGAUAGAAUUUAAAUCAGUGUAGUUGAAGCUAGAGCUACAAAUUAUAAAGAUUAGUUGUAGAAAGACAUACAAGGUUGUGUUUCAUUUCUUGUUGUUUCGAACUCAUUUAAAAUGAGUUAUUUUCUUUUGUGCGUUUGUAAGUAUGAGCAGUACUUGCAUUGAGUUGAGAGAUAGUUUUUCUCUAAGGUGGGGAGUUUUGAACGUUUAAAAGGAUGGUUCGAUUUUCGAGGAAGAAAAUGAAUAAGGUGGGGAGAAUGUAAGGACCCUCAAGCUCGUCAACCUAUUUGACUGGUCUAGCAGUAAUCAAAAGACGAUUUAACCGCUAAUGAAUUGAUUAGAUUAACACGAACGUUAAUUAAUAGAAAUUAGUCUAACAAUAAUCUAGAUACGAAAUUAGCAUUAUCAAAUAGAUCUCUAAAAGUUAUGCGCAAUGGACUACUCGAAUAUGUCAUUCGGAUACCGGACGAAGAAGAUAACAUCAGAGUUAUACGAGGGGCAAAAUAGUCAUUGUGUAUCAAAACCGACUGGGGUUUCCCUUAUCCGUUUUCUUGUGUUCCUUAGUAAAUCUAGUUGCCAUAUCAUCAUCUAAGCGUGUCGAUCAGAAAUCAUUUUCUCUUUUCUUUUCUCUUUCCUUUCUUCUUUCUUUGCUUGUUCUGUUCUUCUCCUUUCUUCCUCUCGGUCGAUUUUAUUCUCAAUGGUUCGAGCUUGAGUUUAUCGAAAUUAGAUCUUAGAAAGCUUGUAGUUGUUGAGUUGAGGGAUAAGGUGAUGGUGAUGCUGCUGCUGUCGUUUGAGUUCUGGAAAAGCAGAAUUCUGGUAAGCAGAGUUAGGAUUUCGUUUUUGAUUGAAAUUUCUUUAUGAAAUUGUUUAUUUUGAUUGAUUAUAGAGUGGGUUUCUUGUUAAUUGAAGUGUAGAUGAAUUUAUGAAGUUUAAUUUCGAUUUCAUAAAAAGUUAGGGUUUUUGUUCUUCCCUAAAUCAACCAGAAGUUAGGGUUCUUGUGAAUUAGGGUGAUUGAGUCGGUUUCUGCCGAUGAAGAAGAUGAAUUAGAUUGAGGUGAUUGAAGUUGGGAUUUUAAUUCAAGGUUUUGCAGAGAAGAAUUAGAAGUUAGGCUUUUUAUUUUAGAAGAUGGUUUUGCGUAGAAUUGAGGUGUGAAUCAAAUUAAGGUUAGAGGAUAUGAAGAUGGGUCUGUUGCUGUUUCAAUGGGGUUGUAUUGAUUAGGAUUUGUGGUGCUAGCUGAAGGCUGAGAUGGUGCAGAUGGAUAAUUAGAAUUUUGUUUAGUUUCAGCUAAUGUGAUAUUGAUGUUGAUAAUGAUGAUACUGAGAUUACAAAUGUUAAUCAAGGAAGAGCUGGUAUGGGUUACAGCUAGAUAAUGAAUGUUAGAAGCUGAAUUGGUGGCAGAGAAGAGUUGAGUCUAGUUGAAUUAGUGGUGAUAUUACUGAGAUGUUGUUGUUGUAACUGAUAUGAAGAUAUGAACAAGUGAUUGAAGCUGAAUUGCAGGUUAGAUGUACAGAUUUUGAUUAGUAUGCAUACAGUUUAUGGAAGAGACUUUGAUGAUGAAACUGAACUGAGUUGGAUGGUUGAAGUGUUGCAGUUGAGAUGGUGGAAUUGAAAAUAAAGUUAGAGUUAGAAUUAGUGUUGUUGUUGAUCAGAUGUUGGUAAAAAAAAAGAAGAGCAAGGUCAGUGUUGUUGACUAUAGGAGAUGUAACAGUGAUUGAAAGGGAGGUUAUAAUUGUGGUGUUGUUGAAAUGAAUUUUAGGUAGUUGCAGUUAUAGGAUGGAUGAAUUGGUAGUGCUGAGGGGUUGAGUAGAGACAAGUCAGUUCUGAAGAUUGUUGUCACAGAACUUGCAUAGAGGGAUGUUGCAAUGGUGGCAGAACUGGAAGUGCAAGAAUGUAGAAUUGAAGCUAAGCUUUUGCUACAGAUGGAGAUGAAAUGCAUUGUGGUGAUUGUGUAAAUAUGAUGAUAUUUAGGGAACUGUGGUAUUGAAUAGAAAGAGAUGAGUUUUAAUGGAGUGACAAGAGGUUAUGGUAGAAGUUUAAUGAAUAUGAAGGAAGUUAUAUCUUUGAGCAGAUUGUAAUGGUUGGAGUUUGAUUCAAGCCUGGGAAAUAGGUUGAUAGAAAUUAUAUGUUGUUUUUGGUGUUUUGAUUAUGAAUUAAAAUGUUUGGCUCUGUUCUGCUCAUUGUUAGCUGAGCUAGAUGUCUGAUUUAGAUCUUGUUCUGUGUGACUCAGUUUGUCUGACUGAGUCGACUCACUUGAUUCAGUCUAUAUGGCUGAGUUGAACCAUUGACCCUGGACUUUGACUGAUGUGGACUGUUAGUUGGAUCCUUUGACCGUUAGUUUGACCCAGAUGGACUGAGCCUUAAGUUAAUGGGCUGGUUUGGUGGACUUGGGCUUAGAGUUAGUUUUCCUAUUUUGAUGAAUUAGACCCCUUGGGGUCCGAAUUAGAUUUUGGUUCUUUAUACAAAGUUGUAGAUCUUUUUAAGACUAAUCUAAUGGAUUAUAGAACCAACUCAAUUCAUUUAGUAAACCUUAUCUAUGCUAAAGAUAGAGAAUGAAAAGGUGUAAAGUCAUAACUGGGCUUAGAACCAUUAGUUAGACUUGUAUGGGCCUUUUGGCUAAUUCUUAGAGUGCUUGUGUGAUUAACAGUUAGUCUUCACUAACAACGAUCGAUCUAAAGGAUGAACCAGUGGAUUGAGGAUCUCAAGGUAAGAAUGGUUUGCCUUCAGAAUCAGGUUUAGUAUUCGGGUCGUCACAUGGACUACCUAUUUCUUCCAAGGCAACAAAACUCAGCCACAGGAAGGGUGCCUUGGUUCGUACCCAUGUGCCUAUUUCGUACGAAACCUGGAGGAAAUUGCCUGACAAGUACAAGGACGAUGUUUGGAAUGAACUUAAGAUACAAAAUCUACCCCAUGACAUGAUCUCUGCUCAUUUUUUACUUAAUUUUAGUCAAGGUACACAUUUAGGAUGCCACUGAUUAGCUCUGUAAUUUCAUAUGGCAUUUGAUUUACCUGAGACUUCCAAGACUAUUAUGGUGAAGGGGAUGUCUGAUCCAUGGAGGAGAUUCAAGUGCGAGUUACGUCAAGACCAUUAUGAUAUUUGGAAUACUCAUCAAGAAAGGAUUGAUAAUAUUCCUCCAAAUGUAAAGUCAGAGGAUUGGAUACAAUUAUGUGAAAAUGAGAAUGAUGUUGCGGUCCAAAGUAAAAGUGUUGUUAAUAAGAGGAAAAUAGAACAAUAUGAUUACUCUCAUACCUUUGGUCGCAAGCCACAUUGUUUGGUUAGAGCUGAACUGAUGGCGGCGAGCCCUGAAGCAGAAAUCAGUACCUCUGAUGUGUGGAUUAAAGCUCAUUCACAGGAGCAUGAGGUGAUUUUACCUAGUGCGCAACCAUACUAUGAACAACUUACUAAGGUUCUAGAAGACAUCAAGGGAAAACUGGAAGCAGAUACUCCAGUAGAAGAAACUUGUGAAGUGACUUCAUUGUUUGGGAAGGAUUCAAGAGGACGGGUUCGUGUUGUAGGUCCUGUUUCUCGUACACAAGUUGAUCUUUAUGCUUCUGCUCGUGCUAAAAUAGCUGAACUAAAGUCUAAAGAUGGAGUUCUUAGUAAUAAGGUGGAAGACUUAUGUGGCAAGAUAAGAGUUCUUAUUGAAGGAUUUGGAACAUUAUGCCAUGUAGUGAAGGAUAUCCAAGAUGCAAUGUCAUCAUCAGAUGCUGCCUCGAACAUGUGUAGCACUUCACAUGGUCAGAACUCUUCACAAGGUCAUGUUGGUUCAAAUCAAUCAGGUUCAGUUGCUCACAUAAGUUCACCUGGUCUUCCCGUCUCGCCAGCAGCUCAAACAAGUUCACCUGAUCAUGCCAUAUCACCAUCUCAAUCAGGUGCAGGUAUGCAGCAGCAGUGUUCAUUGCUGAACAUGGAGGGUGAUAUAAUUACAACUUGUAAAGUUUGUACUGGUGUGCAAGGACUAAUGGCUCACGGCUUCGCUGUACCUGCUACUCAUUUGAAGGUAUUGAUCGACGACAUUCUCCUACCAGAUGAACGCACCAUAAAAGCUAACCAGUUUGUGGAGACCUUUAGAGAUGUUGGAAACGGACGAUUCAUGGUUCAUCCCAAGAGGUCCAUCACAUAUAAUUAAGAUGACUUCACUACUUUUUUGGAGAUAUAUCAGUCAUCUUGCAUACUUAUAUAUAUAUGUCUAACAUAUGGCUUUAAUCUUUUUUUUGCUUUUGUUCACACUUUUGUAUGUAUGCAUAACACUUUAAUAUGCAUACUCUUAUGCAUUUGUGCAUAAGGAAAUGUCUUAUCCUAUUCUCCUUAAGGAAAGACUUUUAUGCAGUUGCGCAGAAGAAGUAUUUAACUUAAUCUAGAAACAACUGAUCUUUUUGGUAUAUGUAUGUGAACAGAAACCAGU